AGUGGCACACCAGUGUGGGACAGAAGGAGCUACAGGCCCCCUCCCACAUUAAAGAGGAGCAGCUUCAUGAUGAAGAUGAAGCUCAGUCCUUCCAGCUUCAUCACAGUCAAAGUGAGGAGAACAGAGGGGCGGAGCUUGUAAGUCAACACAUCACAGAAGCUGAUGGAGAGCAUUGUGAAGAUAUCAAGUCAGAACCAGACAGCAUCUUUGCUCCACUGUCAGACAUGGACCACAUGAUGUCACACUCUUCUGAUCACAGUGACCACAUCCAAAAACCUUUGGAGAGUAAAAAUGACUCUAAAGGUGAUACGAGACAUCACACUAACAACAAACACUUUGACUGCUCUGAAUGUGGGAAAUCAUUUAGAAGGAAGUGUAAUUUUACAGAACACAUGAGAAUACAUACCGGAGAGAAACCUUUUACUUGCUCUGUUUGUAAGAAGAGUUUCUGUAGAAAGGGUGACAUGACCACACACAUGAGAACACACACUGGAGAGAAACCUUUUACUUGCUCUGUUUGUAAGAAGAGUUUCUCUAGAAAGGGUGACAUGACCACACACAUGAGAACACACACUGGAGAGAAACCUUUUACUUGCUUGGUUUGUAAGAAGAGUUUCUCCAGAAAGGAACAAGUGACCACACACAUGAGAACACACACUGGAGAGAAACCUUUUGCUUGCUCAGUUUGUGUUAAAAGAUUCAGCACUAAAAUUGACAUGACCACACACAUGAGAACACACACAGAUGAGAAACCUUUUACUUGCUCUGUUUGUAAGAAGAGUUUCUCCGGUAAGCGAAAUAUGACCAGACACAUGAGAACACACACUGGAGAGAAACAUUUUGCUUGCUCAGCUUGUGCUAAAAGAUUCUACUCUAAGAAUGACAUGAUAUUACACAUGAGAACACAUACUGGAGAGAAACCUUUUACUUGCUCUGUUUGUAAGAAGAGUUUCUCCACAAAACCUCAAAUGACCACACACAUGAGAACACACACUGGAGAGAAACCUUUUACUUGCUCUGUUUGUAAGAAGAAUUUCUUCCAAAAGGUACACAUGACCACACACAUGAGAACACACACUGGAGAGAAACCUUUUACUUGCUCUGUUUGUAAGAAGAGUUUCUCCACAAAACCUCAAAUGACCAGACACAUGAGAACACACACUGGAGAGAAAUCUUUUGCUUGCUCAGCUUGUGCUAAAAGAUUCAACACUAAGAAGGAAAUUAUAUUGCACAUGAGAACACACACAGGUGAGAAACCUUUUACUUGCUCUGUUUGUAAGAAGAGUUUCUCCAGCAAGCAAAGCAUGACCACACACAUGAGAACACACACUGGAGAGAAACCUUUUACUUGCUCUGUUUGUAAGAAGAGUUUCUCCACAAAACCUCAAAUGACCACACACAUGAGAACACACACUGGAGAGAAACCUUUUACUUGCUCUGUUUGUAAGAAGAGUUUCUCCACAAAGCCACACAUGACCACACACAUGAGAACACACACUGGAGAGAAACCUUUUGCUAGCUCUGUUUGUAAGAAGAGUUUCUCCAUAAAGCGUGACAUGACCACACACAUGAGAACACACACUGGAGAGAAACCUUUUGCUUGCUCAGCUUGCGCUAAAAGAUUCAACACUAAGAAGAAAAUUAUAUUGCACAUGAAAACACACACGGGGCAGCACGGUGCCAGAGGGGUUAGUGCGUCGGCCUCACAAAACGAAGGUCCUGAGUAGUCGUGAGUUCAAUCCCGGGCUCGGGAUCUUUCUGUGUGGAGUUUGCAUGUCCUCCCCGUGACUGCGUGGGUUCCCUCCGGGUACUCCGGCUUCCUCCCACCUCCAAAGACAUGCACCUGGGGAUAAGUUGAUUGGCAACACUAAACUGGCCCUAGUGUGUGGAUGUGAGUGUGAAUGUUGUCUGUCUAUCUGUGUUGGCCCUGUGAUGAGGUGGCGACUUGUCCAGGGUGUACCCUGCCUUCCGCCGGAUUGUAGCUGAGAUAGGCUCCAGCGCCCCCCGUGACCCCGAAGGGAAUAAGCGGUAGCAAAUGGAUGGAUGGGAUGAGAACACACACAGGUGAGAAACCUUUUACUUGCUCUGUUUGUAAAAAGAUUCUCCAGAAAGGAACACAUGACCACACACAUGAGAACACACAUCGGAGAGAAACCGUUUAGUUGCACUGUGUGUGAUAAGAUGUUCAGGUAUAGGUAUCAGGUGAGUAAACACAAGUGUGUAACAGUCAUGGAAGCUGCAGGGAUGUAAAAACACUUAAACAGUGAUUGUGCUAAAUGUAGUUUAAAAACACAGCAUGUUUAAUAAGAAUGUAUAUUUGAUGUUGUAUGUAGUGCUUCUCAUCUUCUAGUCUUAUAUGUUGUCCUGUACUUACUUUUUAAGUUGUGUGCAUGUAUUGAAUAUUAUAUAUGUAGCUACUAUUUUAUUUAAUUUUAUCAUUGUUU